CACCUCCAGGAGAUCCCAUCCUCCAGCACCAAUGUUUCCAGGGAUGGCGAGUCUACCAAGACCUCGGGGUGUCUAUCUGCCAUGGGAGUGUCUACCCUUAAGAAGGAUGAUCUGGGCAAUGAAAACACGCCUCAGGACUUGCUGCUGUCGUUGCCCUGUCCUCCUCAGAAGCGGCAGAAGGUGAACGACUUGGAAGACUUUGCCAUUGUGCGCCGGCCUCGGCUGCUCCGAGAGGCAGAGUCAGGUUUUUCUUGGGAUGCACUUCCAGAUGAAUUGAUUUUGGCAGUCUUUGCAUACUUGCCGCUAAAAGACUUGAUAAAUGUUUCCCUGACUUGCAAGAGAUGGCACCGUCUUUCGUUUGACGAAUCUCUCUGGCAGACUCUUGAUCUGUCUGGUAGAAAUCUGCUGCCAGGAGUGAUCGGACUGUUGCUGCCUGCAGGUGUUACUGUAUUUCAGGGCUCAAGAUCUUGUAUUUGGAAUCCAUUGUUUAAAACAAACAAACCUCUCAAAGUUCAGCAUAUGGAUUUGUCAAACUCCACAGUGUCUGUUGCAGAUCUCCAGAGUAUUCUUUGUCUGUGUGAAAGGCUGCAGAACCUCAGCUUGGAGGGACUAGUGCUUUCUGAUGACAUCAUUAAGAGCAUUGCCAAGAAUCCCAAUUUGAUACGACUAAAUCUCUGUGGGUGCUCAGGGUUUUCUGCAGAAGCCUUGGAGCUGAUGUUGAGCAGCUGUUCUAUGCUGGGGGAGCUGAACUUGUCUUGGUGUGACUUCACAGCCUCUCAUGUCAAAGCAGCAGUCAAUAAUGUUACUUCAAAAGUAACCCAAUUAAAUUUAAGUGGAUACAGACAGAGUCUACAAGUAUCAGAUGUUAAAACACUGGUGGAAAGAUGUCCUUUUCUCGUCCAUUUAGAUCUAAGUGACAGCAUGAUGUUGAAGCCUGAGUGCUUCCAGUAUAUUCGUCAACUCAACUUUCUAACUCAUCUGUGUCUUAGCCGAUGUUAUCAUAUAUCACCUGGUGCCUUACUAGAACUUGGUGAAAUUCCAACAUUAAAGACUCUUCAGGUAUUUGGAAUAGUGACUGAUGGCGCCCUACAGGUCCUCAGGGAAACAUUUCCUAAUGUGAUGAUCAAUAGUAUACCCCUUACAACUAUUGCAAGGCCAACUGCUAGCAGUAAAAUGAACUGUGAGAUUUGGGGUAUCAAAUGCAGAUUGACGCUGUGUAAUCCUACUGGCCUAUGA